AUGGCCAUUGCUCAUCACAAUGCAGAGGACAGCUGCCUAAAAAACCAGACUGAGCCAAUUCAGGCUGAACCUUUAUUUACCCCUCCCCAACCACAAAAAGAGUCACCACGGUUGGAGACCAUCGAAUAUCGCAAUCCAAACUCUCAACCCAUUGAUAGCCAAGAUGAUGUCGAGAACUCAUCGAGGUUGUCUGCAGACAUCUCCUAUCCUGAGGGUGGUAUGCAGGCCUGGAUAGUAGUGUUCGGGUCAUUCUGCGCCAUGGGUGCCGUUUUCGGUCUCAUUAACACCAGCGCGGUUUUCGAAUCUUAUUUCAAGGAAAACCAAUUGAGUGCAUACACACACUCAGAGAUUGGAUGGAUAUUUAGUCUAUAUCUUUUCCUUGUCUUCUUCGUUGGCAUUCUGGUCGGUCCGAUCUUCGAUCGCUUUGGACCUCGUUUGCUUGUUGGAGCUGGCUCGAUACUGAUCGUGGCCAGCUUAAUGCUGUUGAGCCUCUCUAAAGAGUACUAUCAGAUCGUAUUGACCUACUCCGUAAUGGGCGGGAUCGGCGGCGCUUUGCUGAACUGCCCUGCCUACGGUGCUAUCGCCCACUUCUUCAAUAAGCGACGGGGCUUAGCUACAGGCAUUGCAUCCACCGCUGGAGGCAUCGGCGGCAUCAUCUUCCCCCUGUUACUGCAAUUCCUGUUGGCAGACCAAGGGGUCGGUUUCGGCUGGAGCUGCCGCAUCAUGGGAUUUAUAAUGCUCAUUCUUUGUGGCCUUGCGAAUCUCUGCAUCCGCAGCCGACUCAGUUCGGCCAAUGCAAAGGAAGAGGAAGUUAAGUUAUCGUCAGUCCUUCCUGAUGUUACAAUUCUUCGGAACAAGGGCUUUGCCAUGGCUGCCCUAGGCAUCUUCUUUAUGGAGUGGGGGUUAUUCGUCCCUCUGACUUAUAUUGUGUCGUAUGCCAAAAGCCAUGGGAACGGGGACGCAGCCAGCUCGGUUCUACUUUCUUUAUUGAAUGCAGGGUCGGUCUUGGGGCGUUUCCUUCCGGGGCUGGUUGCAGAUAAACUCGGUCGUUUCAAUGUGAUAAUUGUAACGAUUGGUCUCUGCGUGACCACCAUCCUAGCCAUGUGGCUCCCUUCGGGCCAUUCUAAGCCGACACUGAUGGCUUUCUGCAUCUUGUUUGGAUUUGCUAGCGGAAGUAAUUUGGGAUUGACCCCGGUUUGUAUCGGUCAAUUCUGUGACUCGCGAGACUACGGCCGGUAUGUCACCACCGCGAAUAUGAUCGCUAGUUUUGGCACGCUCUCCAGUGUGCCUAUUGGUGGUGCCUUACUUGGCCUCGGUGAGCAGAGUAUUGGGUGGAUGGCCUUGAUCAUCUUCUCCGGAGUUUCAUAUGUGGUGGCGAUGAUCUGCUAUAUUUACGCCCGUGUUUCUGUCACGGGGCUGAAGCUGCAAGCGAAAUUUUAA